CCUGUCGCGUCUCCCGCUUCCCCGUUCUCACACUACUGCGCGACCACUGUUCCCCUCACACGUCCUCAACACUCUCGUCGCAACAGAGGACUAUGAAAUAUCGUUGUGUUGUGGAAAGUCGGAUACUGGAAGUACAGUAUUAGGUGUUAGUCAUUAGUGAAGCGUUCAGUGAAAUGUUGAUUUGUUACGAAAAAUAUUCCAGACUAGUGUCUAACUAUUGUAAGGUCCUCAUGGAGUUGUUAAGAUGAGUGGACACGACUCAGUUGGUGCAGGGUCUUGUGGGGAUUGUUGUGGGAUCUUGCCCACAGUCCACCUCCUGCACAGCCAUGGUGCACGUGUUCUGCUGACUGUAGAGCACUACAGCGGGUCCCGAGGAGUCUUGACAAGGUUGCCUUUCUAUCGAAGUUAGUUUCGAGAGGUGAAAGAUUACGCUUGUCACUAUGGCGGUGUCAGAUCAAGAGAUUGACCAGCUGUAUGCAGCGCGAUACCGUCUUGACCAACUGUUCCAGAACAGUCCUGAAUUUCAGGACAGCCUUGAGAACAGCAGUGCUGCCAAUUCCCCGUCCGGACAGUCCCGUAAAUCACAAAGAUCUGAAAAAUCUCACAGAUCUCAUAGGUCUCAUGAUCAGACCAGGACGUCCAGACAGAAAGGUGAUCAUCACUCUUCUAGACAUGACAGCGGUCAUUCUCCCAGGGGAUCACCACACCGCAGGGAAGACAGUAGAAGACACAAGCACUCGCCGGCAGCUUCAUCCCCCCGAUGGCCCCAGCAAGACGGUGUACCUAAGAGUAACAGCGGCAGCAACACGCCUAAGGACGAGACCGUCCUCGUCCGGCGACCUCAGCCCCUGAUGCAACCUGGUUUUUCCUAUUUAUACCCCAACGUUGACGGCAAUGCACCCAUCGAGAAAAUCCCAGUUCGACGCUACUCAUUCCUCGGACCAUCGACGAAGCACAUCACCGACACAGCACUACCCUUUAAAGGAAAAUUGGAAUACUUCGAUCGUCUCUCGAGGGGGUCGACGCCAGAGCCCACUACUCCGUUUUCUUAUGGUCACAAAAAGGUUAGUUCUCCCCUCAGACCAACCCCCCUCAUUCAUCAUAUCGAGAAUAAGAGCACACAACAUACAGAGGGAAAUUCCACGAGAUUCGAGCCAGCUAGACCAACGUCGCUUGCUAAGCUCCAGCUCAAACAUCCGGACUCUCUUGCGUCAAGACACAGUCAAGCUUUAGAAAGGAACAUUCAACAAUCAGGUAACACACCUAAUAGAAGCCCGGCCGAUCUCCAUGUUAUCAGAUCUGCGACUCCUCCGCAGAUGCUGUCCGAGGAAAGACUUUCACGGAAAAAUAGGAGUCCAUCAGAGCCCAGGAAAAUAGAAUCUUCACCAAGCGAGCCUUUGCCCGUUCAUCGGCGUCACUCGGCGUUGCAGUCAAGUGACAAGGAGAACAGAGGGAUAUCAUACAUGAGCCCAGUUCCAUUCGCCAAAUUGACAGUCUACAAAGACUACUUUGGGGAGGACCAGGCUAGUGACGGCACAGGUAACAUGAGUAGAAUAAGCAGCUUUGCGGAAAUAAAGAAAAAUGAACAAAUGAAUUCUAGACACCAAGAAGAUGAUGAUAUGAGUCGAAGUUUCAGCGCCUCUAUAGAAAUUGACCCUGAAACUGGGAGGAGACAUUUAGAGAGGAUGGCGAGUGGGUCCUCGGAGGGAAACUCGCCGUCAGUGUCUAAAAGUAAACUACAGCGUCAUGUAAGCAGUCCCGCCAUUCACAUUAGCCGAAAAAGUCUUGCAGUUGGUCAGUCUAAAAUCAGCGAUUCAGUGAACCAAAUUACAGACUCCAUGUCUCAGUUGAGGAGGAGCUUAAGUAAGAGAGUCGGCAGGUCAGUUAGUCGGUCUAUUAGUAAGUCUAUCAGCAGAUCUCUGGCCAAGAAGUACAAACGACAGUACAACGACGAGCUUAACGACGAUGACCAGGAGACUUCAUCACACGAGGAACAGAAAAAGAAACCAACACGACCAAGUCUCUCCGACACUUUCAGCACUUUGAAGAGGAGUCACGCAUUCAACCACAGCGGGAAGCACUACCAGAUGCUCUUUGGCGACACGGGAGACAAGGAUCAAAGAGGCGGUAAAGAUCAAGGAUCCAAAAACUUAUCAGAUAUUCAUCGAUUUUUUCAUAGUCAGGAUACCGAGGGAGACUCAAAGUCCCAGAAGUCACAUAAAUCAUCCUCGCUGCCGCACCCCAUCGACGCCUCCGUCAGGGAGGAGGUGUCCCUGCGUGAGAAACACCCCGAAAAGUUCUGGACCUUUACCACCAGUGUUGUGCUUCCUGACUAUGAACCCAAGCAAGCGUACCCGGACCACCCAGAAAGGGACUCUCUUGACGGUCACCUGCCGGGGUCCUCCCACGGCACCGGUAACCCCCCGCCACCCCCCUCCCCGCCCACCCCACCAGCCGCCUCAACUAAGCCAGGUAACGGUUUCACUAAAGGCCCUAAUGCCAAGAACAAGAAACAUAAGAAGCUGAAGAACGAGACUGAUGAGCCGCCGGCCGCUGGUGAUCUUCCGGAGAAAGAGAAGAAGAAGGACAAGCUCGAGAAGAACAAGGACAGAGACAUGGAGGCGGGAGGAGGCUACAGGCCCAAGACGGAGCCUUACACGCACCUGUGGGUGGUGAUGUCGGGGAUGUACGGGAAGUUGGUGGUGUUGCUCAUGCUCGCCUUCUGCCUCACCGAGGUUCUUGACAACAGGGUCCUCCCCUUCACCUUCCAGGGAGUCUUCCUCAUGUACCUGUAUGUGGGGUCCAUCGUGGCCAUUAUGUGCAUCUAUGUGUCGGUCAUCAUCGACAACUGUCCGUCCAUCACCGCCAGCAAGGAGAACCUCACCAAGCACGAGGAUCCAGAGGUCGGCUCCAUCACCUCCUUCGGCACUCUCAAGAGAGCACACAUCUCUCGAUCGAAAACCUCCAGGACCUCCUUCUACCUCAGAGUUGGUGCCCUAGUGUUCGGGCUGGGCACUCUUAUCUUCAACGGCCUGGAGAUCGCCAUGCACUCCACCAUGAAGAGCGAAUGUGUCAAGGACAUCGUGUUCGCCCACCCGAUCCUGCAGGCGCUCUUUACUUUCCUCCAGAUGCACUUCCUCUUCGUCAACUCGGAGGUGAUCGUUGAAAAGUUCGGGCAGGUGGCGAGGUUCGGCUUCAUGCACCUGGUGGCUACAAACAUCGCCAUCUGGAUCAGGAUGGUGGUUUGGGAGUCUGCCACUGUCUGGAUUGAGGACACUUAUGCCAACAAGCCGCUGACGGAGGUCCCAGAACAAGCGGUGCAGGUGCUGCGUCUGUACUCCUGCUUCCAGAAUAACACGCUGGGCAGGCUGUGGACCGACGCCCAACCCUACCUCUUCCCCUUCCUGGUGGAGUACAGCCUGAUAGCUGCGGCCGUCACGUACAUCAUGUGGUGUAAUGUGGGUAAAGAGAAGCUCAAGAAACUCGGCCAGAUUGGCAAGCCGGUCAUGGAGGACUCGGCCACUCUGGACAAGAGGGGUGUCAGGAAAGGUUACUGGAAGGUUGACUGCAGGUCUGCCUCCAAGGGGCUGUUUUUGGGCCUCCUCUGUCUGGUGGGUGGCGUCGUCAUCCUCAUCAUCUUCUUCGUCAUGAAGGACCAAAACGAGUUUAAAACAAAGAUGUUCUGGAUCUGCAAUGGCACCCAGAUGAUCAUUCUCUCGCUCUCAAUCAUCGGUACCAUCAUUGGAUUCUUACAAAUCCCCAAACUCUCCGUGUCUACCUCCAAGCCGCUGGAUCUGGACCGCCUUCUGCUCUCCUCAACUAUCAUCGGUGUGUAUAUCUUCGCCGUCUUCGGGAUGAUCGUAGGAGGCAUCAAUUACACCGAAUCAGAGUACCUGGCCACUUUCUGUGUCCACGCCUUGUUGCUACUGCAGGUAUCGCUGCAGGAUAUGCUGGUGGCUGAGGCGAGUCGUCGCACCUGCACCUCCCGGUACCAGAUGUUGACUAAGCCGGGCCGGCAGGUUAUCACCUUCCUAUUGUUUGCCAACAUCACCUUGUGGAUCCUAGACACGUUCAUGACGCAUACCAGCGUCUCACAACAGUUUCAGUUCGGGUUUUACGGAGUGCUGGCGUGGGGUAUCAUCUCCCGCAUAUCCCUACCUCUCCUAAUCCUUUAUCGUUUCCACUCUGCCGUUAUCCUAGUGGAGAUCUGGAAGAACACUUACAGGACCAAGGCUGACUAGGAUGCGACACCUACAGCCAGCCUAGAACUAAGCGGCCAGGCCCAUCUUAACCAUAAAGCACGAAAUAUUAAUCGUCGUGUUGUAAAAUCCCCUUUUCACAGAACACGCAUUCAUU